AUGUCUCAAUCCAGUGACUGUAGUCGUCUGCAGACUCACGAUAUCGAGAUUGGAGUCACCGAUGCCCUCCAACGCCAUGCCAUCCGCCACGUUGCUCAACACAAGCCCGUCUCGCAGCGUGUGCUAGACUAUGAGCGACGACGACCAAGAUGGUUGCGUGAGUGUGUUGGCGAGGCGACGGGCGUGUUCUUUUAUGUCUUCCCCGGCAUCGCCUCCGUCGCCUCCUUUACCGUUCAUAGCACCUCAAACGACCCUCCUGUCACUGCAUAUAGUAGUUUCCUGCAAAUUGGUCUUGCCUUUGCUCUCGGUAUCAUGUUUGCUAUCAUCAUUGCCGGGCCGACCUCCGGUGGGCAUUUCAAUCCGGCCGUGACUAUUGCUUUGACUGUUUGGCAAGGGUUUCCAUUGAAAAAGGUUCCUCACUAUAUCCUCUCACAGAUUUUCGGCGCUUUCAUGGCCUCUCUCUUGGUCAUGGGCAUGUAUCGAGAGCAGAUCGUCACAUAUGAAAAAGCAUUAACAGCUGCAGGGUUGCCGAUGGUGUCGGCCACAGGCCCUGCCGGAAUCUUCUGCUCGUUUCCAGCCGAGGGACAAACUCUGGGCCAUCUGUUCUUGACCGAGUUCUUCGUUGAUUGCUUCGUUGCUCUCGUAAUCUGGUCCGCCAUCGACCCAGCCAACCCCUUCGUAACCCCCUCCACCAUGCCCAUCGUCAUCGGCAUAGGCUACGGCGUCAUGAUCACUAACUUCGCCGACAUCACCAUCGCCACAAACCUGGCUCGAGACAUCGGCCCCCGAUUUGUGGCUGCCAUCUUCUACGGCGGAGAAGCCUUUUCCUACAAAUCGUACUGCUGGAUCGGUAUCUUGGUCAACAUUCCCGCCACACUGUUCGCGACGGGAUUCUAUGAACUGUUUUUGCGUGAUUCAAUUCAGAUGAUUCAUCGAGGUGGCGUGAAGCAUGCUGAAGGUGAUGAAGGGUUGAGGCGGUAUUUGAGUGAGGUUGGAGUGUUGAAGGAUGAGAAUGAGGUUACAGCUUUGCAUCUGGCGAGGAGGGAGACGAUUGGUAUGAAAAAGUAG